UUGUUAGAUCAAUGUUUGUGUUUGAAAGUCUUGUGUUUAUUUCUUUGAGUUCAUUUUUAAGCAAACUUAUGUCAUUAUCCGCCGCGGUCUGUUGUUUUUCGAGUUGCGCGAUUUUAGUGUUUAUUAAAUCAAUAGAUUUUUGAAGCUCAUCAAAUUUAUGGUCAAUUUUUUGCGUGAGGUCUUGGUGAUUUUCUUCAAUUUUAUUUGAGAGUUGUGAAAUAAUUAACUCACUUUGUUUUUUCAUAUUUUGGUUCAUUUUGUUAAAUAAGCUUUUAUCGUCCACGGCCAUUUUUUUACUCAGUUGGUAAGGAGAAUCAAUUGAUGUUCGAGAAUUACCGAGAAUGACACUUACAAGGCAUUCUGAAAAAUUGUAAUUAUUGAUAAUUCACAAUUCCAUUCAACAUAAAGAAAAUCAUGUUCUACAAACAAUUUUUGGAAAAGAAGAACAACUACAGUACGAGCAAAUUACAAACAUCCUGAAAACCCUAUCUAAGACGUUAACAAAGAGCGAAAAGGUAAUGAAGGACAUCCAGCACUAUGCUUUGGAUGCAUAUGGCACAAAUGGGACCUUCGCAUUCCUAGAACAUGCCACAACAGCAACGUUUGCUUUUCAAAAUGGAGUAAAACAAACAGCUAAGGACAAUGUUUCAGAAUUCUUUAUACAAAAUGCAACUUCAACAGAAAUACCAUUCGUACCGUAUGUGCACCGGCCUGAGACGUAUAUUGUACCGGUCUUGUUUGCCUUCAUCUUCAUUGUUGGUGUCCUGGGAAACGGGACACUUAUCGUGGUUUUUCUUGGCGUACGACAAAUGCGCAAUGUUCCUAACACAUAUAUACUUUCAUUGGCGCUAGCGGAUUUGCUGGUAAUUGUGACAACAGUCCCACUAACAUCAACAGUAUAUACAGUAGAUUCUUGGCCAUGGGGAAGUUUUCUUUGCACUCUGUCGGAAUUUAUAAAAGAUGUCUCAAUUGGUGUAUCUGUGUUCACAUUAACUGCUCUAUCAGGAGAUCGUUACUUUGCUAUAGUGGAUCCUUUGAGGAAAUUUCACGCGCAUGGUGGGGGAAAACGAGCUACGCGUAUGACCAUAUCAAUCGCUUUUUCCAUUUGGAUUCUCGCAGUUUUGUGUGGCUUACCAGCUUUAAUCAGCACAAGUGUUAAAAGGGUCAAUAUUAAUAGCAACAAAUCGUUUUCCUUGUGUUAUCCAUUUCCGGAUGAGUGGGGACCUGGUUACGCAAAACUUAUGGUACUUUUGAGAUUUUUGGUCUACUACGCUGUGCCAUUGAUAAUAAUUGGUAUAUUUUAUGUGCUGAUAGCCAGACAUUUAGUUUAUACAGCAAGUGUUCCUGGAGAAAUGCAAGGAGCUGUUAGACAGGUCCGUGCUCGAAAGAAAGUAGCUGUCACAGUUCUUGCAUUUGUGGUAAUAUUUGGUAUUUGCUUUUUGCCAUAUCAUGUGUUCAUGUUAUGGUUUUACUACUGGCCAACCUCGCAAAAUGACUACAAUUCGUUUUGGCAUGUGCUGAGAAUUCUUGGUUUUUGUUUAUCGUUUGCCAACAGUUGCGCAAAUCCUGUUGCAUUGUACUUUGUUAGUGGUGCAUUCCGAAAACACUUUAAUAGAUAUUUGUUUUGUCAAGGAUAUGCAGUGGGAAGGAAAAAACGGGCGGAUACUAUAGGUGCUCGAGAUACAUCACUAACAAGCACUGCUUCGAGGAGAUUUACAUCAAGACGGUCGUAUCAACAGAGUACAAUACAAAGAUUACAAGAUACAACAGUUACAACCAUGUUGCCAAAUUGUGUGAAUUUUCAUGAUGCGGAUGCGGGCUGUGGAUACAGCAACUCCAGAAGUGACAACAAUAUUAUAUGAAUAUCAAUUGUUUAAUUUAAUUUUGCAAAAAUAUAAAACAACCUGCAGUUCAAGAAUAAAAAGUACACAUUUCUAAAUAUAACUACAAUAAAAGAAUAAUAUAAUUGCAAUAAACGAAUAUAACUAGCAAGCGUUUAAAAAUGUUGACGUUUCAUUUUCCAUCAUGUAAAUUUUUGGAUACCUUACCUUUGUGUAUGUAUGUUUGUAAAUAAAGUAUUAGAUAUUCAAUUUAA